AUGCAUCUGCUAGUCAGCCAAAUAGUUGCCGUUUUGCUAGUCCGAAACACAAUAGGCGAAGAUUGUACGGUGCCAAGGACAAGUCGCAGCUAUCUCAACGAUACUUUCUCCACCAGUCAAAUCCUAUUGUCUGGCACUGUGGAACGAAUUACUGUUCUUGCUGGAGAACAAAAUUCAGUUGAGAGUUUAAAUAUCCGAAUCAAGAGAGUCUUCAAAGGUCGUGAGCUCGUCCAAUUUUCUUCUUAUAUCUACGUUCUUGUGCCGUCUCAAUACAAAUUUUGUCUAUCAGCUUUACUCCUUCACGACACUCGUGUUUUUGCAAUUUCUGCUAAUGGAAACAUUCUGAUGAUCUCUGCUCCUUUGAUUCCUAUCAAUCUCAAUGUGUUGGAUUCACUUCACUCGUUUACCUGGGGCCAAAAAAGCCCUUGCGAGGAUUUGCGAUGUGGUCCUGGAGAGGAUUGUGUCGUUUUUCAGAAAGAUGGCGUAAUGUCCGCGCAGUGCAUUUGUCCUACUACCUGUCCCUCUUAUGGUGACUCAGUAGAAUCGUCGCCAGUGUGCUCGUCUCAGGGAAUAGACUAUCCGUCCUGGUGUCACCUUAAGCAACAUGCUUGCCAUACACAAAUCAAUAUAACUGUUAGGUACUUUGGAGAAUGUGACCCAUGCGCUGGGGUGUCCUGUGCACGUGGGACCAGAUGUAAGCUGAACGCAGCACGCCGCCCCGAAUGCCGGUGUAGCGAACAAUGCGCGCUCACUUAUGAUCCCGUCUGCGCAGAUAAUGGACUUACGUAUGCAAACUCAAAAGAACGUAUAGUAACAUACCUCCAGAAAAGGCACUACACAGAUUCCCCAAAUCCAUGCGACAAUUUGGAGUGCGCUCAUCGCUCGCGAUGCCAAUUAUUUCCGAAUGGAACAGCCAUCUGCGUCUGUCCGCAGAAAUGUCCACUUUCGCUUACACCUGUCUGUGCUACGGAUGGAGUGACGUAUGACAAUGAGUGUGAAGUGCAUCGAAACGCUUGCAUUAAAAGAUCCCACAUAUCCGUGCGACAUCAAGGACCAUGCGGUGAGGGGUUGUGUGCAUCGUUUGCUUGUAAUGCACCACUCGAGUGCGUGGUUAAAGACGACAAACCUUCAUGUGUUUGUCCUCAGUGCACGGACGAACUUCGAGAGGUCUGCGCUAGUGAUGGCAGAACUUAUUCGAACGCAUGUAAAAUGAGAAAGGCGGCAUGCGAAGCUGGAGUCACUCUGUUUGUUAAGUACAACGGGAUUUGUGAAGGAUGCGUCAAGAAAAACUGUCAAUACUACUCAUUUUGCGUAGUCGAGAAUGGCAAGGAUCAACUUGUUCCUGUCUGUGGAACCGACGGAGUAACGUACUCUUCAGAGUGUCACCUUAGAAAGAGCGCAUGUCAGCAGAAGAAAUUUAUUGUGGUUGCAUUUGAAGGAAAGUGCGAUGCGUGCCUGAACGUUGAAUGCGGCUUCGGCGAAGAGUGUCGUGGGGGGAAGUGUAUGUGCUCUUACCAAUGUCCCUCAUCACCCCCUGCUUCGGCUCGUGUCUGUGGAGAGGACGGUAUUUUGUAUCUCUCGGACUGCCAUCGUCAAUUGGCUGCUUGUCAGCGAGGUUCACCGAUCCCUGUCGUGCCGCUGACUCGCUGUCACUCUGCUGUAGCUACGUUCAAUGAUGUCUGCCAGUGUCACAGUCUUGGUGCUUUGGGACCUUCUUGUAACAAAAACGGAAACUGCAGAUGCCGUGCAGGAGUUGGCGGAGAAAAAUGUGACCACUGCCUCCCCGGCUUCUGGGGUUUGCAUCUGAUUGCCACUGGAGCUCAGUCUUGCAAGCCUUGUGGAUGUUCUGCGUUUGGGUCGUCUAGGCCAGACUGUGAGCAGUCAACGGGACGGUGCGAGUGCUCUCGUGGUGCCCGCGGCAUGAAGUGUGAGAGCUGCGAUGUCGACUUCAUCAUGACAGCGUCAGGAUGCGUCGAGCGGGAAGAGUUUCACGCCCCUAGGUCUUGCUCCUCGUUGAAGUGUCAUCACGGAGCUAAGUGUGUCGAAUCUGAAGGAGGACUGCCCAACUGUGAAUGCCCCGAAAACUGUGCAGUGGACCAUCUAGGAAUAGUAGCGAAUAUGAGCAUAUGUGGGUCAGAUGGCGUUACUUACGAGGAUACCUGUCAGCUGCUACAGUUCGCUUGCAAGCAUCAGCUAGAUAUAGUCGCUAUUUCCCUCGGAAUCUGCUCGCAAGAAAUAGAUUCCACUGAGCCACGAGAAAGGAACAACAGACAGAGGGAGAACGUGGUCGAGGAUAGCUCCACGUGCACAUCAUUCAACUGUACAGCGGACACUUCGCUGAAUCUGGAUCUGGUGUCAGAUGGACUGCACAUUUAUAAGAUAGAAGAGAAGGGUCAUAGUCUGCGUAUGAAUAUCACAUUUACGAUGGUGCCACGCUCUUCGAACGGUGUGAUAAUUUCGGCAAAAAGUGACAGAGGAUCGUUCACACUGCGAUGUGAAAUGCGGAGAGUUGUAGCAGAUGGCAUCUCUUCUCGUGAGGGACUCGAAGAGCGUCGUACUUUUUUUGAAGGACUUCGUAACAAGUCUGACCAUUGGGUCGGCAGUCUUCCUGCGCUCACGUUUUCAACUAAGGGCUCUGGUUCAACGAUUGUCGUUGAAACGCAUCACGGCCUACCUAAUUUUGCUUUCCUUGGCAUAUGCGGCAGCGCCUCUGAUCCUCGCUUGUUGACGGUUCAACUAAAGAUCCAUAUUUCUGUACGUUUUAUCAAAUUUGGCCAGCAUCCGUUCCGCCUGAUUAAUGCUCGGUGUUAUAAGAACGGUGUCAUCAGCGAAACGUAG